GGGCCCCACAGGGAGAGCCGAUUGAGGAAGAGAAGGCCGAGGAUCUACUGGCUUGGGUGACGGUGAAGCCGUGAAGCACACGACCUCCAGAAUAGAUGCGAGUUUUAAUGGAGGAAAGACACGCAGCUAUUGCGUUGAGAGCGAGACAACAGCUGCGGGGAGGGCUUGCUCUGCAAAACGAGGAGGGGUCUCUCGUCCUCCGGCGGCCCCCGCAGCUUCCGGCCUGCUCAUAGCUGACGCAAGGUCCGGUGCCAGCUAUCUGUUCGACGGAAUGUCUGAGAGGACCAAAAACAAUGAGGAAUCAAAUGAAACCUCAGAGGAUCACAUCAGCGCGCUCCCCGAUGAUCUCCUGCUGGAUGUGCUGUCCUUGUUGACUGCGGAUGAGGCCGUCCAGACAUGCGUGCUCGCCCGCCGGUGGCGUGACCUCUGGAGGUACCUGCCCAGCCUGAGCUUCGUCGUGGAAAAGCCGUCCGCAGAGGCGCCAACAUUCAGAAGCACCGAGCAUUUCAAUGAGUUCGUGAACCGUCUCAUCGCCCUCCGUGAGCCGUUGCCCCUCGUCGACUGCGAGAUCGAUCUUUAUCAAACUGAUACCAGCGAGUUCAACAACGAUGAGACAUUCCCAUAUCCAUAUCUCAACCAGUGGAUCGAGUACGCUUUGACAUGUCAGGCUCAGUUUCUUCGAGUCAUUGUCGAUGACCGCAUUGACCAAAAGUUCCUGCUCAAUGUGCCUCUCGUCUCCCGCCACUUGAUGACCCUACAUCUUAACAAUGUUGACUUGCUCUGCUCCAUGGAUUUCUCGAGCUGUACUCCGGUGUUAGAGGAUCUCGAGGUUUCUAGUUGUGACAUUCAUGCGCGCACGGUAUCAUCCAGAUCACUCAAGCAUCUGUAUAUCGUCAAUUGCCACUUCAGUAUUGGUUACCGCACUUUGUUUUCCACACCAAGCCUUAAUUCACUGCAUCUUGCUUAUUUUGACGGCAUGAUUCCUUUGACUGAAAGCAUGCCAUUGCUAGAAAGAGCAUUUGUCAGGCUUGAAUUUUCUUCCGACCACCGUUACUGCAUCAACUUUGCAGUAGAGGAUUGCGGUGAUCAAAGCCGUGUUGGUUGUUUUGGUUAUCCUAAUCAGAGUGUGCUUCUCAAUGGUUUGUCCAACGCUAUCAAUUUGGUGUUGAUAGCUGGACCUGAAGAGUAUAUCUUCAGAAGUGAUUUGGCAUCGUGCUGCGUGUUUGGCAAAUUAAAGUCUCUUGUACUCAAUGAGUGGGUUGCAAUUAUUGAUCUAGACACGCUAGCUUCAGUUCUCCAACACUCGCCAAUUCAUGAAAGGCUUACCCUUCGGCUUGAAGACAGUGGGCACCUUGUAAGGGCGAUAGGACCUGAAGAAAACUAUGGUCCAAGAGAACAACCAUUUGCAUGCACACACCUUAAGGUAGUCAACAUUGAAUGUGAACAGGCUGAUGAGAAGGUUCGCAAAAUUUUGAAGCUCUUGAGUUCAUGUGGCAUACUCGCUGAGCAAAUUAGCAUCAAGAAGAUAUAUGGGUUCUGGUUAGAUCGCUUCAGCUUCGAGACGCUCCCGGAGUAAACUUAUUGCGACUUCUCAUGUUUUUGAAGGCUUCAGUUUCGAGAGGCUCCUGGAGCAGCUGGGUCCAUCCAUUCCAGCGCCAGAUGUCACACCUUCAACCACUGAUGGUCACUUUUUUU